AUGACGACAAACGAUGAUUUAACCAUUGCAGAAUUAUUUGAUUUUGCUUUCGAUCUUCAACAGAAAUUAGAAGCGAAUAAAAUUGAACAAAAACGCGAAACAUUUACAACAGCGAUCGAUCGAUUGAAAUCAGCGGAGGAAAAACUCGAUGAAUUACAUCUUUUUUCAGAUAACGAAGAUAUUAGUGAAGUUGCCUCCAAUGAAUUACGAUAUUUCAUUAUUUACGCCUUAAUUGGUUGGCUCUACGAAUAUCGUUCGCCAGAUCGUGAACAGAGAUUGGAUGAUAUUCAUUCCGCUAUAAGCUAUUUUCUCAAAUACUUGCAUUUAUGUAAAAAUUAUGGUUUAGUACAACACAUUCCCAGAGAACAACACGACGACAAUGAUAAAUAUCGUUUACAUGCUACAGAAGAUCGUCAAACAAGAAUACAAAAAUUGAAAGAGAAGAAGGCUUUAGAGAAAUCGAUCGCGAAACUACGUGAAAUGGCACAAGAUGCCGAUCGUGUAGAUGAUGAAAUCAAACGACAGCUGUACACCGAACAAAUCAAAUGGUGGAUUCAACAAGCACAAGAAGAUAUUGCCGCGUUGAAAGAUGAGAUCAAACUAUUGCAAUUUUCAAAAGAUCCUCAUCUACAAAUGACUACUCCAACAGCGUCGACUAACAAACUGCCUGUCGAUGGACCAUUCACAAUAGUAACAACAAAAGAUCGUUUAUAUAAAGAAGCGAUCGGUGGUGCAGGAUAUCCCAGUGUGCCAACAAUGACGGUGCAAGAAUUCUAUGAUGAUCUUGCCAAGAGACAAGCUCAACAGCCAGCACCUCCUCCGAAGCCUGCCCCGUUAUCUGAUGAACAAUUGAACGAAAUCGAUGACUCAACUCAUCGACAAAAUGUUCGUCUGAUGGACGAAUAUAAAGAUGAAAAUCCUCGUGGAAGUGGAAACCGUUAUAAUCGUAGUUGA